UCUUUAUUUCUGCCUUGCUUGGUGUCUCUCAGGGAUACUCAGCCUGCUUUCCCUCUGCUGCCUCCAUUUGUGCGAAACAUCUUGUGCACAAACCAAAACAACAAGAACCAUGGCCCACCAGCAGCAGAUUAGCCUCCCAGCCAAACUGGUUAAUGGAGGGAUCGCAGGCAUGGUAGGAGUGACCUGUGUGUUUCCAAUUGACCUGGCCAAGACUCGUCUGCAGAAUCAGCGCAGCGGGCAGCAACUCUACAAGAACAUGAUGGAUUGCCUAAUAAAGACCGUUAAAUCGGAAGGCUACUUUGGGAUGUACAGAGGUGCAGCAGUGAAUCUAACCCUGGUGACCCCCGAGAAAGCCAUCAAACUGGCCGCUAAUGACUUCUUUCGCCACCAGUUGAGCAAAGACGGCAGCAGGUUGACGGUGUUCAAGGAGAUGUUGGCUGGAUGCUGUGCAGGAAUGUGCCAGGUUAUUAUCACCACGCCCAUGGAGAUGCUCAAGAUCCAGUUGCAGGACGCUGGCAGGCUGGCGGCCCAGCUGAGGGUGGUGCCUAGUGUAGCAACAACCCUGAAGAUGGGGGGGACCAGCGCCGUUCUCAGCCGCUCCUACAACACCACUCCUGCGCCUAAAGUCAUGCGGGUGUCGGCCACACAGAUCACCAGAGAGCUGCUGAGGACCACAGGAGUGACGGGGCUUUACAGGGGACUCGGAGCCACAUUGAUGAGAGACAUCCCGUUCUCCGUUGUGUACUUCCCUCUUUUUGCACAUCUGCACCAGCUCGGCAAACGUUCACCUGAAGACCCGUCUGUGCCCUUUUAUUGGUCCUUCACGUCUGGCUGCCUGGCCGGAUCCAUUGCUGCUGUAGCUGUCAGCCCUUGUGACGUGGUCAAGACGAGGCUACAAUCACUCAGAAAAGGAGCCGACGAGGAAACCUACAACGGAGUGGUGGACUGCGUCAGAAAGAUCCUGAGAAAAGAGGGUCCUGGAGCGUUCCUCAAGGGGGCCAGUUGCCGGGCCCUAGUUAUCGCUCCGCUCUUUGGCAUCGCACAGGUUGUGUACUCUGUCGGAGUGGGAGAGUUCCUACUUGGGUACACACCCAACAACAUCUACUCUUUGUAAAAAAUCAGUUUGCUCUGUCCGCUGCCUGAUUAAAUUACAGGAAGCCGUGCACUAGGCCGAGCGGUGGGCCUAGUUCUCUACUACUGUGAACCGUGUUGUUGGAGGCUUUCAGAUAAAAAUGCUAAAGGGACCAGAGAAAUGACAUUCGUUUUUUUUUUUAAGUUUUAAAAAGUUUUAAAUAUGCCUUUAGCAUGACUUGAUCUAAUUUAAGAGUUUUAAACCUCAAUGAUCUUUCUGGUCCUUGGUGGAGCCUAUUGUCGGUACUCUCCUCCCUCAGGGGCUGGAUAGAUCAUUGACCACAUUGAUCAUGACUGCCCCAAGAUCACGGCCCACAGAUGUUGAUCCUUUUCAUUGUAUAUAGUGUAAAGCGGAUUUUAUUAGAUAAACAACUUCAUAACUAAAUAAAUUAAAUUAAUUGUCAGGUGUUUUCAUCAGAGCAACCUGGUUUAGUUCCUUUUUCUGGUCAGGUUUACUUGUCUGUAAGAGAUACAGACGCUCACCCAAGUGUAUUAAGAAGCAGAACAGACUGCAAUUCUGGGCUGUACUCACCCUACCAUCCAAAAAUCAAACAUUUCAAACAACAGUCAAACAUUUCAAUGUAAAUAUGUAUCCUUUAUCUUUCAUUUGUCUUUUUCAAGUUCUAACUGACUCAAACUGAAAGCAAUAUUUAACAUUUCAACAUUUAAAGGAUCCUGAUUUAAUUAGUUCAUUCUAAUGAAUAAGGCAUGUAAAUACGUUUCUAAAUCCUAAAUAAAUAUUUAUGAAUG